CCGGCUCCAUCUUGGGCCGCUGCGCCGGGCACCUGUGGCGGCCGCAGGAGCAGCGCUUCCGCCGGCCUGCGCGGCCCCGGGCGGGCGAGAGGGCCGCCAUGAGCACCAGCCGCCCCGAGCCGGGUGCCCGGCCCCCCCGGAGCCCCCGCCCACAGCCCCUGUCCCGGAGCUCUUCCAGCCUGCUGGGUGAAGGCCGGGGGCAGAGACCAGAGCUCCGCAAGAGUGCCAGCAGCACCGUGUGGCAGGCCCAGGCGGGUGAGGCCAGCGGCGGUCCGCCGGGCCCGGAGGAAGAGGGGCAGCCCGCUGAGAGCGUGGAGCAGGCACCGGCCUCCAGCCCCUGGCCCCGCACUGUGGGCCACCGGCGGGGCAGCACUGUGGGCAACGUGUCUACUGUGGGCGGCGGUGAUCUGUGGCGCCUGAGGGCCCCCGGCGCCGCUGCCAUGCAGAGGAGCCACUCGGACCUGGUCCGUAGCACCCAGAUGCGGGGCCACAGUGCCACCCAAAAGGCCAGCCUCAGCUGCUCGGCCCUUGGCAGCUCGCCUGUCCACAGGGCUCGGCUGCAGCCCGGCUGUACUUCUGGCCAGGGAGGCCAGGCCCCUGCGGGCCUAGAAAGGGACCUGGCUCCGGAGAAAGGGACUUCAAACUCAGCCUGGACACUGGGAGAGAGUCAGGUGAGGGUAACGCCCCUAGAGCUGGGAGGGACAGCUCCCCACAGCAGUAGCCCCCGGGCCGGGCCCAAAGGCACUGGGCAGCCGGCCACCACCUCCUGCCACACCCUGUCCCCAGCAGCUCUACUCUGUGGUAUGAGGGAAGUGGGGACCAGUGCCUGCUGCCAUGCCCUGCCAGCCCCAGGGAUCCUGGCCUUUCCCAAACUAGUGGCAUCCGUGAGUGAGUCUGGGUUGCAGGCUCAGCAUGGGGUGAAGUUCCAGUGCAGGUUACCUGGGGAGCUCCCUGGGCAUUCCCACUGUUGUGCCCACCACCCUUGGGGUCCCACCGGGUUAGCCACGGAGCCUGGUGCCAGGACCAAGGAUGUGUGGACCAUGACCUCAGCCAGUGACUUGGCCCCUGUGUCGGCAUCCUCUCUGUCAGCUCAGGAUGCUGGUGUGCAGGCAGCGCCCAUGGCGGUCUGCAAGGCUGUGGCCACCAGCCCGCCCCUGGAAGCCCCCGUGGCCCUGCACACAUUCCCAGAGGUAACCCUGGGGGCCGGCCUGGAGGAGGCACCCUCCCCCGUGCGGGAUGUGCGAUGGGAUGCCGAGGGCAUGACCUGGGAGGUGUACGGAGCUGCAGUGGACCCUGAGGUGCUUGGCGUGGCCAUCCAGAAGCAUCUGGAGAUGCAGUUUGAGCAGCUGCAGCGGGCGCCCCCCAGCGAGGACAGCCUGUCGGCGGAGGGCCGGAGGGGGCCGUUGCGAGCCGUCAUGCAGUCCCUGCGGCGCCCCAGCUGCUGCGGCUGCCCCAGCGCGGCUCCCGAGUGAGGGGCCGUGGCCCUCAGAGCCAUCCUCGGCCUGUGGACUCAGCCGCAGGCCAGGGACACGGGGGGAGGGGGCGCCAUGCUCCUUGGACCUGCUGGCGGCCGUGGACGUGUCUCCGCUGUUGGCAGCCUGGGGGUCUCCUGCUCCUUGCAGCUGGGCUGGUUUUGAAGGGCUUGACUCCCAAGAGCCACAUCUCUGCAGAUCGAGGCUCCGAAC